AUGGGAGUAAAGGUUGAUGGUCUGCAGCUACACCAUUUGCGCUUUGCUGAUGACAUCGUUCUGAUAACACCUUGCAUCAGUCAAGCGGAACGAAUGCUGACCGAAUUAGACGAAAAACGUGGAUGCAUCGGUCUUCAGCUGAAUCUGCAAAAAACGAUAUUCACGGGUAACGGAUGGGUCUCGGAUGACUCGUUCACGCUCAGCGGAAUAAACAUAUCCAAAUGCACCAGCUACAUUUAUCUGGGUCGGGAAAUGAACAUGAUGAACGACCUGACCCCCGAGCUAGGCAGGAGGAGAGGUGCCUUGGAGAGCCAUAAGAGCAUCGAGGAUAUAGUGAACAAGACCAAGAACACCCGGCUCCGUCCUCACCUCUUUAACACCACUGUACUUGCUGCUUUGACCUAUGCUUCGGAAACCUGGGCAUUUCGCAAGUAG